AUGCGCUGUUGCUCUGCCUGCCGCCUUUCCCGCCUUUUUCUGGCGAUCGGGUCUAAACAGGAUGAAGAUAUUUCUGCCAGCCGUUUUGAAGAUAACGAAGAGCUGAGGUAUUCCUUACGAUCAAUAGAGAGACAUGCUCCUUGGGUGCGACAUAUUUUCAUUGUCACUAAUGGGCAGAUUCCUUCCUGGCUUAACCUGGAUAAUCCCCGGAUAACCAUAGUGACCCACCAGGAAAUAUUUCAGAAUGUGAGUCACUUGCCAACCUUCAGUUCACCAGCUAUUGAAAGCCACAUUCAUCGUAUUAAUGGUCUCUCUCAGAAGUUUAUCUAUCUCAAUGAUGAUGUUAUGUUUGGGAAGGAUGUUUGGCCUGAUGAUUUUUACAGUCACUCUAAAGGUCAAAAGGUUUACUUGACGUGGCCUGUGCCAAACUGUGCUGAAGGAUGUCCUGGUUCAUGGAUCAAAGAUGGUUACUGUGAUAAAGCCUGUAAUAACUCGGCUUGUGAUUGGGAUGGAGGUGACUGCAUUGGUAACAGUGGGGGUAGUCGCUAUGUUGCUGGUGGUGGUGCAGUAGGAGGUAUAGGGAAUGGACCACCGUGGCAGUUUGGUGCAGGAAUAAGUGGUGUUUCAUACUGUAACCAAGGUUGUGCUAAUUCCUGGCUAGCAGAUAAAUUCUGUGAUCAGGCCUGCAAUGUCCUCUCCUGUGGAUUUGAUGCUGGUGACUGUGGACAAGAUCACUUUGAAGAAAUGUACAAGGUGACGCUUCAGCUAAAUCAGACCUACUAUGUUGUUCCGAAAGGCGAAUGUCUGCCCUACUUCAGCUUCAGUGAGAUAGCCAAGAAAGCAAUUGAGGGUUCAUAUAGCGAUAAUCCAAUUAUCCGACAUGCUUCAGUUGCUAACAAAUGGAAGACUAUCCACCUCAUAAUGCACAGUGGCAUGAAUACAACCAUGAUCUAUUUUAAUCUUACAUUUCUAAAUAAAAAUGAUGACGAGUUUAAAAUGCAUGUAGCUGUUGAAGUUGAUACUAGAGAGGAACCAAAACUGAACACAACUUCAGUGCAAAAAUCUGACUCUGAUUUUAAAACAACAACAAUACCAGAAGCUGAGAUGAUAUUUGAAGAUAUUCCUGAAGAAAAACGCUUUCCAAGAGUCAAGAGACAUCGAAAUGGCACAGGAGAGAGUCUCCAUGAAGAGGUGAUAAUACCUUCAGUAAAUCCAUCUCUCCUUCCUGAAAGUAUUCAACUAGCACUGCAGAACCUAGACUUAAAACUAGCAAAUGGUGAUAUCACUCAGAAGGGAUUUAACCUAUCCAAGGCUGCUCUCCUGAGACCUUUUCAAUUCUUAACUACAGUAAAGAAGAUUGCAGGUCUGGAAGAGAAUAGAGUACAUCAUAGUCUACAAGAUCAGAAGAAUGUAACCAGCUGGCAGAAGCCUUAUGAAGAUGUAAACAAUGGCAAAAUAGAAAAAACAAAAACAAAUGAUGAAUUUCAACCAAGGCUUAUAGGAACAAAGGAGACUGAUGUGACAGUGAACACAAAUAAACCAAUUUCUAGGAUAAAGCCUAAAUCCACACAUUCGGCCCGGAGCAUAGGAAAUGAAAAUGAACCUAAAGAUAAAGUAUUGAAUGCGCUUAUAUUAAGGGGAACCCAGAAAUCAAAAAAUACUGUGAAUGUAGAAACUGGAGAAGAUACAGAGGGGAUGGAAGGAAGGAAAGGACAAGUAGAGUUGGAUACAAAUAUAAGAAAGGAGUUAGUAGGAAGAAAAUUGCAGUCUUAUGCAGGAAGUUACCAAGGCUUUUUGCCAUGGGAGAAAAAUAAGUAUUUCCAGGACCUUCUUGAUGAGGAAGAGUCAUUACUCAAAGAAAUGUCAUACUUUACUGAUGGUAGACAUCUUGGAAGGCAGCUGAAAGAUACAUUUGCUGAUUCCCUUCGAUAUGUAAAUAAGCUUUUAAACAGUAAAUUUGGAUUUACAUCUCGGAAAGUCCCUGCUCAUAUGCCUCACAUGAUUGACCGCACUGUUAUGCAAGAGCUGCAGGACAUGUUUCCUGAGGAGUUUGACAAGACAUCAUUUCACAAAGUGCGGCACUCAGAAGAUAUGCAGUUUGCUUUUUCAUAUUUCUACUAUCUUAUGAGUGCAGUUCAGCCACUGAAUGUUUCUCAGAUCUUCGAUGAGGUUGAUACAGACCAGUCAGGGAUUUUGUCUGACCGAGAGAUUCGCACACUGGCCACAAGAAUCCAUGAACUACCAUUAAGUUUGCAGGACUUGACAGGUCUGGAACAAAUGCUAAUAAAUUGUUCGAAAUCUCUUCCUGCUAACAUCACUCAGAUCCAUGUCAUUCCACCAACUCAGGAAGCAUAUUAUGAUCCCAAUCUGGUAAGGAAUGUUGGUCCUAAAAGUUGUUUGAUUUCUUUCCUGAGCAAGUAGUUACUGUGCUUGAAA